UUCUCUAUACUAAUAAUUGAAGAAAAAAGAGUAUCAAAUUGAGAGUUGAUAUCAUCAAGAUCUUUAUCACGAUUUCUGAUUGGUGAUCUAUAUUAGUUUCAUGAAAUUGAUUCACAACGAAUUCACUUCACAUGACAGAAACCAAAAUGGCUUAAAAUCAUAGAGCUAGAUCGUCUAACAACAACAAAAAUCAAUCGUUUUUUUUUAAUCAAUAUUCACAUAAUCAUAAACAAAAGACAUAUCUUCAAGGGUUUUGUUCAAUGAUGAUUUUCAUCUAUGAAAGUAAAUCUAGAUCUACAAAGAGGGAAGAAGACUAAGAUAUCAAUUCUACUUGUAAGUAUUUCUUUUAUUACUGUUGAUUGUGAUGUAAGAAACUAGAAUUGCAGAGAUGAGAAGAAAGGGUUCAUGAAAACCAUAAAUAUCAGUCGGAAAAGAUUAAAUCGAACAAAAAUUGAUUUUUAUCUUCAAACUGUUAGGAGUGAGAACUGGUCAAAGGGCGUAGUUUAAAUGUGCAGUAGAGGGCGACAUUCGAUGCAGGGGUAGAGAGGUGAACAUUCAAAGUCGCCUAAUGGGCAUAGUAGGAACUACCAGGUUAGUUGCUAUUCCGUGCAGUUGAACCAUGCCAAACACCAAAACACUGAAUGCAGCCCUUGACCACGGCGUUGACUGCACUAACUCCCUCUAUUACGCCCAUGCCAAACGGACUCUUAGCUUCCUCUGAAUUGCGACAUUUUGGAAAGGAAGUCGCAGUAGGGCAAACAAAAAAAAAAACAAAAGCAAAAACAAAAAACUCCUCCCCUUCAAAACUUAUCGGAUCCCUCCGUCGCAAACGUUCUUCUUCUCUCUACGGAGCAGCAGUCAUGGAGGGAGGGAAGAAAAACGCUUCUGCCGUUUCUCUGCAACAAUUUGUUUCGAUCAUGACUCCCUUAAUCGACAUGGAAAAGGAAGCAGAAAUAACAGCUUCAAUCAGUUCAGGUUCAUCAAGAAAUCUUGAAACCUCUCAGAAGAAAGGAUCAGUAUUACUCAAUCUCAAGUGUGUAGAUGUUCAGACAGGGUUAAUGGGGAAAUCACUUCUGGAGUUUCAAUCUACUAAAGGAGAUGUUCUUCCUGCUCAUAAGUUCGGGAAUCAUGACGUUGUUGAUCUGAAACCUAACAAAGCUGAUACGGGUUCCCCCUCACUUGGUCAGGGUGUUGUUUACCGUCUCAAGGACUCAUCAAUUACUGUAGUUUUUGACGACAUCCCAGAAGAUGGCUUAAAUAGUUCUUUGCGUCUUGAGAAACUUGCAAAUGAGAUAACAUAUCGUAGGAUGAAGGAUGCUUUAAUACAACUAAGCAAAGGUGUGCUGAAGGGACCUGCUUCUGACUUAGUUCCUGUAUUGUUCGGGGAGAAACAACCGACAGUGGCAAAGAAGGAUGUUUCAUUCACCCCUUUUAACUCCAAUCUUGAUCACUCUCAGAAAGAUGCUAUGACGAAAGCACUUUCUUCCAAGAAUGUAUUCUUGCUGCAUGGGCCUCCUGGAACUGGAAAAACGACAACCGUGGUAGAAAUUAUCUUACAGGAAGUUAAGCGAGGAUCAAAGAUUCUUGCCUGUGCUGCUUCUAAUAUAGCAGUUGAUAACAUUGUUGAGCGACUUGUUCCUCACAGAGUAAAGUUGGUGAGAGUCGGCCAUCCAGCACGUUUGCUGCCUCAAGUACUGGAGAGUGCACUAGACGCCCAAGUUUUGCGAGGAGAUAAUAGUGGUCUUGCGAAUGAUAUUCGCAAGGAAAUGAAGGUAUUAAAUGGGAAGCUAUUAAAAGCCAAAGAUAAAAAUACAAAGAGAGACAUCAGAAAAGAGCUCAGAACUCUUUCAAAGGAGGAACGUAAGAGGCAGCAAUUAGCAGUCACAGAUGUAAUUAAAGGUGCUGAUGUGGUCUUGACAACUUUGACUGGUUCCUCCACUCGGAAGCUUGAGAGAACAUCUUUUGAUUUGGUGAUAAUUGACGAGGCUGCUCAGGCGCUUGAAAUAGCAUGCUGGAUACCGCUAUUGAAGCUUCAAAUUUAUGCAUGCGUGUGUUAUGAUCAGGGUACAAGAUGUUUACUCGCAGGAGACCAUCUUCAACUUCCGCCAACCAUACAGAGUGUUGAAGCUGAGAGGAAAGGUUUGGGAAGAACUCUAUUUGAGCGCCUUGCUGAUCUGUAUGGAGAUGAUGCAAUGAGCAUGCUUACUGUUCAGUACCGUAUGCAUGAGCUUAUAAUGGAAUGGUCAUCUAAAGAGCUGUAUGACAGUAAGGUCAAAGCCCAUUCAUGUGUCGCCAGUCAUAUGCUAUAUGAUCUUGAAGAUGUAAAGAAAACAUCUUCGACAGAACCAACCCUUCUUCUCAUCGACACAACUGGGUGUGAUAUGGAAGAGAAAAAAGAUGAAGAAGACAGCACAAUGAAUGAGGGUGAGGCUGAUGUUGCUAUAGCCCAUGCUAAGAGGCUUAUUGGGAGUGGAGUCAGGGCAUCUGAUAUUGGAAUUAUUACCCCAUACGCUGCACAGGUUGUCUUGCUGAGGAUGAUUCGGAACAAAGAGGAUAAACUGAAAGAGUUGGAAAUAUCUACAGUUGAUGGCUUCCAAGGUCGGGAGAAAGAAGCCAUCAUCAUUUCUAUGGUGCGAUCGAACACAAAGAACGAGGUUGGAUUUCUGAGUGACAGGAGGAGAAUGAACGUGGCUGUGACACGAGCAAGAAGACAGUGUUGUCUUGUAUGUGAUACCGAAACUGUGAGUAGCAACCAGUUUUUGAAGAGAUUAGUUGAGUAUUUUGAGGAGCAUGGGGAAUAUCUGAGCGCAUCUGAAUAUGUAGGUUAAUGAGCCAUCGUGAAUAUGUUCUAGACCAAAAUUAAACCCUUAUGUUCUGAAAAGUUCUGAGACACCAACAAUAAUUAGUUAGGUUUGCUGGGUGUGCUAGUAGGGAAGUAUCUCAUCAUAGAACCUGGGAUCAGGUUGAGGCUCCGUAACAGCCCAAGACUACAAACGUGCAUGAUUCUGUUGGCGGAUUCUGGACACGCAGAGAGAAAGAGAUGCCUUAGUGCUAUUCUCAUUACUGACAUUAGUUUAAUGGUUGUGGUGAAUUACCUCUUUGAAAGCUGAUAUAAUUCAGAGGUAACAAAGCUCAACUGUUUAGAUACAGAGUAUGGAUGUAAUACUACUAUUUCAUGAUAUAUCAUUUCGCCGCUAACAAUCUUUUGGUGCCUGUUACUUUCUAAUUUUUACAGACCUGAAAUUGGACUGUAGGUAGAUUUUUCGUGUUGUUAGCCAACGGUAAGUUUAUGGUUUAUCUUCUGAUUUUGCUGAUGCUAGAUUUUCAUUU